AUGGUUUUUAGUAGUAUACAAACAUGUGCGGCUGCUCUUAGGUAUUUGGGAUACGGUAUAGCAUUUGAUGCAUCUGACGAAUACUUGAAAGUAUCCGAGAGGACCGCAGUUGAAUGUGUAGAUUGGUUUUCUGCAUGUGUUGAUGAAGUUUUUCACGAAGAAUAUUUGCGUAAACUUACUCAACGUGAUAUUGAGAGAUUAUAUUCGGCUCAUGAAGAGAGGCAUGAAUUUCCUGCGGGGUCUAACAACGACCUUAAUGUUCUUGGCCAGUCUCCACUUUUCAACGAUAUUUGGACCGGCAAAGCACUUGAUAUGACGUUCACGGUGAACGGGCACGCGUACAAAUACGGUUACUACCUUGGUGAUGGGAUAUACUCGAAUUAUUCUACAUUGAUGAAGGCAUACUCGGUUCCUCGAAGUGAAAAAGCAAAAUUUUUUACAAGAAAACAGGAAUCGGCGAGAAAAGAUAUCGAGAGGGCAUUUGGAGUCCUUAAGCAAACAUGUGGUAGGUAUCCCAUGUUAGUGGUAGUGGAAUGUGGUGUUGAUGUGACACCAACCACAUAUGUGCGGAGAGGUUAUGACAGAGAUUGA